GGAGCCAGGUUCAUGUUUAAAUUAUUCUUCUUAUGGUGGGUGUAUGAUAACUUAUAUUCGUUAUGAACUUUAUGAGUAUUAUCGUCAUCGUGUUGCUGGUGAUUUUUAACUAUUCAGGUGCAGUUUUGGAUAGCGACGCGCAGGAAGCAAAAUCGAUACUGCUGUCAGUGCUUGGAUCACUUAAAGACACCCGAAAUGAUGACGGUCGCUAUGGCAGUAAUACAGGGUGGGAAAAGUAUCGCGGGGAUCAAACCGGACGUAGAGGCGGGGGAGACGUUGUUGACGACGAUGACGAUGACGCGGACCUCGACGAGGCAAUAAGCGUCCUUACGAAGGUUGUCGGCAACAUUGACCAACGGAAGACGUCAGUACGUCUGAAUAACAAACCGGAAGUCACAAGCAGCUUGACGCAACUCAGUAACAACCAAGAGAUUCCCGCGAACGUUGAUGCUAUCAUAGACUCGGCUUUAAGCAACUCGAAGGAUGCAAUUCCCGACAGCGUAGCAGACCUUAUCAAGUCGGCAUCCAGUACGACCGCUUCGUACACCAACCAAGACGACCGGAGCGAUGUUCCGCGCGCCUACAAUUCAGCGACCGGCAAAACGAACACAGAAUUUCUUGCAAAUUUCGCAGACUUCUUUAAGUCAUUCCCGAGCUCUAACGUCAAGUCCUACAAUGACGUCAAAUCAUACACUGACGUCAAAGUCACUUCCAACACUGACGACGGAUCGAACGUUGACGUCGCAAAAAUAAUACAAGACGCAUUCGCGAAAUCUGUAGAUAACAAACAUGGUAAAUGGCAUAAGUUGUCGAACGGAAACUACUUCAAAGCAAAUACGCCGACGGUUCAAAACUAUUAUUACGUUAAAGUUUCUCCCAGCAAUUCAAACCCCGACGGAUCCAAUAUUGACGUAAAUAACAUCCUUACAAACGCGCUAGGAAACGCCGGAAACACAGUAAAUGCACACAACUGGCAAACAUCGUUCAAGGCAGAUACGCCAUCGGUUCAAAAUUUUCGUGACGUCAAAGUUUCCAACAGCAAUGCAAACUCUGGCUCUGGCGGAUCUUCCUAUUAUAUUUAAGUUGUUUUGUAUUUUAUUUGGAUUCCCACUGAUUUAUUAAUUGCUAAUAAAGGUCAACUAAA